UUGGAAAGCGCUUGCGUCAUGCCCAACGUUCAAGAGCCGCAAGAUGUGGGAUUGUCUAUAUGUGCUUCACACUGACAUCGUCAAUGUGUGGAACUUCUAUGACCCUCAUCAUUACUUGCACAGUCAAGAGUUCAGGAAAUUGAUGAUGAAAAUCGUUGAUAAGAUACAAGUCGGGAAUACAGCUGAUCCCAACAAAACCAUGGUUGUUGGAUUAUCCAUGGUGGGCACCAUUGCGGGCAUCAUGUCCGCCCUGGCGGGACCUGCGGCUCCCAUUGUAGUACCAAUCGCAGCGGGCGCCGUACUCGCUGUGUGGGUUUACGAAGUAUAUCAGAUAUCACAUGCGGCCCUUCAGCGCUUCAUGACCUACAUCAUCCACUUAACGCUUGUGUUACAGACACUUUUUAUAGUGUCAGAAAGUCGGGAACUCACUCGUAGGGCCAUCAAGCUCGCGGUCCAAUCCUACGUCGACUCCCCGAUGAGCGGAGAAGUUGUUACUCGGAUUCAGGAAUAUGAUGAGCAAUUGACCGUGCUGGAACGCGCGGAUCGCAAUACCUUGAAUAAAAUCAUUGAGGUGAUGCAAUUGUAUAGCAUCGAUCCGGUAGAAAUGUCCACACUUUGGGAAAAGAUUCCUUCUGUGGAUUCGUUGCCGAACGAACCAUGGUGAAUCGAGAAGUCGUAGUGCUCGAUUGUUUCUUUCGUGGAUGGAUUUGAGCGUAGGGAGUGUCUGCGGGCUAACACGAUUGCAGAUCGUGCUCGCUUGUACUAUGUAACUGGAUUUAUUAAUGCUGAUCAUAACACUGUAACCUAUGAUACACUGUUCUAUUAACAUCAUGCACUUACUGCUAGAUUUGACCCGAGCCGUCCAACUUGUGCUGCACCUUUAUGAUACAAGGUAAUGCGGGAAUGGAGUUAUG